GAAUUCCGGUCAGGAUGAGUGGCGUGUCUGAGACUGCUGUGGUCAGUAGACCCUCGACUACCAUGAAGCCACACAAGAGGGUCAGGAAGAACUCCAGGCGGAUUUACUCAUCUUAUCAAGACAACCAGCCAGGCCAAUCAGAUGAGGAGGGCAAGGAGGAUGAGCAUGCGGACAGCAACGACCCAGAGCAGAUGUUCCAGAACAUCCAGUUUCAGAAGGAGAUCAUCGCCAACAUACGCACCCGAGCCUGGCCUAUGAGGCGCAAGCUCAAAGCCCUCAAGCAGGCCAGAGAGAUUGUCCUGAAGUACGAGGGGAGGCUAACAAGGACCAGAGGGUACCAGGCUGCUGGGGCUGAU